AUGGAGAGUUCUGAAAUCCGCCGACUGAACGUAAAAAUCGUAUCAGGUGAAGUAAAAGCCUUAGAAGUCCCUGCAAAAGUAAUUACUAUUUAGAUUCCAAUUCUUCAACUAAAAGGAAUCAUUGCAAGCACUUUCCAAGUGCCUCCAGAUCGUCAAAGAUUGAUAUUCCAUGGCAAGCUUCUAAAAGAUGAUCACCCACUAAGUGAAUAUGUCAAAGAAGAUGGAUGCACAAUUCAUAUGAUGGCAAGAGCAGAAGAUCAAGGCCCACAGCAGCCCAUUCCUAAUCCUCAGCCUCAGCCUGCACAAGAACCGAAUAUCAGAAUUAUUGGCCCCGGAAUUCAAUUCCAGAAUAUUCCUCCAAACCCAAAUAUCCUUAACCAAAUCAACCAACUUAUGGGCAACUUAGGAGGCAUGUUCCCAGGCCCAAUUCCUAAUCAAAAUAUACCCCAACAAGUCCAUGUGCAUGUACAACCUCAUCCUCAGCAGCCUCAUUCUUCAUGCCUCUAUGAACAAGCAAGCAAAAUUCAUGAUUUUCAUUAAACAAAUUUUAUUAAUUAAAAAGCUUUAUAACAUCUUCAAAGAGGAUGCAAUUGAAUUCAUAAAUUUUUAUGUUAAAAAAUAAAGUUGUUCAGCAUUUAAAAGAGUUUUAAUAUAAAUAUUUCAAUCGAAAAACUUUCUCAUUUUUCCACGGAGGUGCUUAUUAUAUUAAAUAUUUUGCUCGUUCAAAAAGAAGAGAGUCAGCAGCCUCAUCCCCAAAACCCUCAACACUCUCAUGGUCCUCAUCCUCACAGCCACGGCCCUCAUGAAAUCUUGCUACCAUUUCCAAAUGUUCAAAAUAUUGGAGCUAUUGUGAAUUCCCUUCAUGGACCUGCAUCAGGAUUUCCCCCACCACGUAUGCCACAGAUAAAUGUUGAAAGAAACCCAUUGGUACUAUUAGGAGGCUAUCUUUACAAUUAUCAGUUUCAGAUGUUAAGACUUUUACCCUUUAUUUCAAGAUUAGCUGAUCUUUUGCAAAGAGAAAGUCUGAUAACAGAUCCUAGCGAAAGGGCACAUUUACAGAAUUUAGGAAGAAAUGUGGGUAUGGCUCUUAAUGAAUUUAUGCUUGCAACUGGGCCAGUGUUGGAGCUAUUGAAUACAGUACAGAUUGGGCAAAACCCAGGACAGUUUCAAAUGAGAGUAAAUAAUGCAAAUGUGAUAUCAGAGCACCAAGUCAGAAACCAAAAUGAUCUUCAAAAUCAGCAGCCUCAAGCUGCGAACCCUCCCCAACCUCAAGUUCAUAUACAGAAUAAUCAGCCUCCAAUACAGAAUAACCAGCCUCAAGCCCAAAACGCUCAAGGUUUCAUGAAUAUGAUUGCAGGGUCCAUUCCAGCCCAAAACGCAAACAUGCAGAAUAUUUUUGGACAAGUCAUGCCUAUGCUCAGUCAGAUGAUGGGUGGGCAGCAAAAUAUGACACUUAGAGAGCUGAGUCACUCUAUGAAUAUUGUGGAAGAUGACGAAAACUUGCCAAUGAUGGACUAUUUCUACUCGCUUACAAUUCCUGAAAUCAUGCAAAUAGCGAAUGGGAAUUGGGCUGCUAUUGACAGAAUCAGGCCACAAGUGAGAGAAAGCUUGCUGACGAGGAUGGGGAUGGACACCCCUGAAAAUAGAAGAGCCCUUAUAGAAGAAAUAACGAACUAUUUAAGCAAUUUUUACAAUGUCCCAGCCCAAUUUCAGUCAAGAAUCCAGCAAGGCUUUGACCCUCAACUUGAGAUUUCUGAAAUUGCUAGAUAUUGGACAACCAGAGCUCUUGAUCUAACUAUUGAUUACCAAGGUAACGAGUUUUCUAAAGAAAUGAAAGAGAUUUUUACAUUAAUGAUCGGAAAUUACAUGAACAGCAUGAGCAACGGACUCAUUGGUGGGGUUCCUACAGUUCAUGAGCUUUUCCAGCAUAUUGUGACCAAUUCAGUGAAUUCAAGUAUGCCAGGAAUGGGAGGUGCUUUGAUUGGAAUGACUUGGCCAAUUAUUUCUCAAUACUUACUCCUCCCCCUUCCAUGAGAGUGUAACCAUUGGGAUAAUUCCUUAAUUUUAGAAAAAACCAUGAGGAGAAAAAAAGCCGUUUUAAUAUAAAAAAUUUUGGCCUUGAUAUAUCAGAAAUAAUUAUUCUAAUAAAAUCUUUACUCCCCCCUCCAUCCUUGACCGAACGACUCGCCAUCGUUCGAUCAAGGAUGGGGGUUAAAAAACAAUUUUUUUGGGAAAAAAAUAUAUAUAAAAAAAAAAAAAUAUAUAUAUAUUGUUUUUUAUUUACUUUUAAAUAAGAGGGUUAAGAGUAUUUAAUAAUUAUUUUUACAGCAAAAAAUUGAAUUAAUUUCAUAAAAAUACCAAUUUUUAAUAUUUUGAUUUAUUAGUUACCCCUUUAAACUGUAUAAAUUUUAAUUUGUUCCUUAUUGAAUUAAUUUUUGUUUUUUUUAAUUUUAAAAAAUUCUCUAUUUUAUUAGAUUAUUAAGUUUUUAAGCCUAGGUUGAUGACUAAAUCACUUCGAAUGGUUGAUUCCAAAGCUUUCUGUCGUCUUAAAGUCUCUGAAAAAACAACUUCAUUAUGUGCAUCUUCCCAAGCUUUUGAUAACUAAUAUAUUUUUAUAUAUAUAAAAAUUGUUAUGAUAUGAAAAUCGUUCGAUCAAGGAUGGGGGCUAAUUUCCCAAAUUUUUAGGAAUUUUUACAGUCAAUCGUUCGAUCAAGGAUGGUGGGGGGAGUUAGAUAGUUUUAUAAAUUUUUAACAGCAUAUAUUUUAUAAGUUAAUUUUUUUAGAUUUUUUGCGAUUUCAAACAAAGAUUAAAGACCCUCUGUGAGCAAUUGAAAUUUUUAGUCGCUCAAGGAUGAUGGGGGUUAGCUACCUGCUUACGGGGAUAUCAGCAGUGGAAUCAAAUGAGGAGGACUCAAAUUGAAGCAAAUCAAGGCCAGCAAACGCCUGCUGCUGCACUUUUAAAUUCGUGGGAAACUAUCAUAUCUCAAGACAUGGCUAGACAAAGUCCACAGCAAAGACCUUUUUCAAGAUCCUAUUUAAGCUCUGAUAUUUAUGAGAGCAUAGGACCUGAUCCAGAUGUCCAAGGAAUUUUCUUCAGAUCUUUGACUGAUGCUGUGGCUUCUGGUGGAGUCAGGCCACAAAGUGAUCAAGUGCCCCCUGAAGUGACUCAAAACUAUGUGAGAGCACUGAGAAAUGCAAUUGUUGACAGAGUAAGAAGCGAUCCAGAUUAUAGAGCCGGAAGGUAUGAAGGGCUAGACAGAUAUAAUAGAUAA